GUUGCUAGUUUCCUCUUGGAGAGGGAAGAUGGCGAAUUACAGUAGAAGGGAAUUUAUGACCAUGUUUUGCUUCAGAUUACCGGGUAAAGUCAGUGGACUUGGAAGCGCACUGAUCUUUCUGAGCUGUGUCCUUGCAGAGCCUAGCGCAGCCACCACACACUGGAUAGUGACCGAGGAUGGCAAGAUCCAGCAGCAGGUGGAUUCGCCCCUGAACUUGAAACAUCCCCAUGAUCUGGUGAUUUUCAUGCGACAAGAGACCAGAGUGAGCUACCUCAAGGAGCUGGAGAAGCAGCUGGUGGCACAGAAGAUCCAUAUUGAGGAUAAUGAGGACCGGGACACAGGAUUGGAACAGAGGCACUACAAAGAGGACGUGGACUGCAUCAAAGCCAAGGUUCCUCUGGGAGACCUAGACCUCUAUGAUGGAACCUACAUCUCACUGGAGAGCAAAGACAUCAGUCCAGAAGACCAUGUGGACCACAAAUCCCCUCUGCCCCCGGACCUGGAGAAACCUGACUGUGCCAACGUGCUGGAGCUGCCCUACAGUAUCCACGCCUUCCAGCACCUGCGGGGUGUACAGGAGAGAGUGAACCUGACCACCCCUCUCCUGUCUCAGGAGGACUCCAUCUUCAGCUGCAUGUCCCAGAGGGUGGGGAGGAGUAUGGAAGAGGUGGGCCAUCGCAUCCACGAGGCAUUGCACUUGAAUUCCUCCUCCUGGGUGCUGUAUAACAUGGCAGCCUUCUACUGGCGGAUGAAGAACGAGCCGCGACAGGUGGUGGAAUGUUCCAUGAGGGCGCUGCACUUCUCCCCCAGGCAGCACAAGGACAUUGCUCUUGUCAACAUGGCCAAUGUUCUGCAUCGCGCUCACUUCUCUGCCGACGCCGCCAUCCUGGUCCACACAGCUCUCGACAUCACCUCGGACCUGCUGACCAGCCACUACACACUGGGAAACAUUUAUGCAAUGCUGGGGGAGUAUAACCACUCAGUGCUCUGCUAUGACCAUGCACUGCAAGCCAAGCCCGGCUUCGAGCAGGCACUCAAACGCAAGCAUGCUGUCCUGUGCCAGCAGAAACUGGAGCAGAAACUGGAGACGCAGCACAGAUCGCUCCAGCGUACUCUCAAUGAGCUCAAGGAGUACCAGAAGCAGCAUGACCAGUAUCUGCGGCAGCAGGAGGCCCUGGACAAGCACAAGCUGGGCCAGGAGGAGCAGAUCCUGCGCAACAUCAUCCAUGAGACUCAGAUGGCCAAGGAGGCCCAGCUAGGAAAUCACCAGCUGUGCCGCGUGGGGAAGCCGCAGGGCUCCCUGCACUGUCCCUACGACCUGCCAGUGCGCUACCACCGUGGGGACGUCUUUGAGAGUGUGGAGCUCAUCCAGUUCGGGGAGGAUAGGUCCACUGCCAGCAGCACGUCUCUCAUCUCGGAGCUCAGCCUCAACCAGAGCGACGGCCGAGUGCUCUUCCCUUCUGUGUCUUCAGCCCCCUUGCUGGGGACCUUCUGGGGCAAGGAGGCCUCCUCUAGGGACAGCCAGGACAUUCUGUGGCCAAAGAGGUCUGACUGUGCCCGAAUCUUUCCCUCCAUCCCCACGCCGGAGGAGCUGCCAACCUACUUCCUCCCACCAGAGAAUCGUGGGCUGGGGGUCCAGGCUCUUCUGUUCCAGGGCCAGCUCCCUGAAGUGCUGCCGCCCCCCCCAGAUUGCAGCUCUGUGCCGGGACCCCCCCCGAGGGACAGUCCUGCUUCUCUGGGGUGGGGGCUGGAGGGGAGAGAGCUGCCAGACCAUCAUGCCAGGCAGCUCCUGCUUUCCCGUCUGGAUAGGCCGAAUCUCGGAGAGGAGCAGAUCGGAGGACUCAUUACUCGGGGCUUGAACCAGUCUGGCGCCCCCUUGUGGCUUGUCCUAAAUGAAGCUGCUCUCUUCUGGCGAGCAAGUGGCAAUGCCAGCUCCGCCCUUUCCUGCCUGCACAAAGCCCUCAACUACGCCCCUCAGGAGCACCUUGACAUCCCAUUGGUCAAUGCGGCCAACCUGCUUCUGCACUACGGGCUGUACCAAGAGGCCAGCCAGGUCCUGGAGAAAGCGCUGGCCAUCAACAGAAGCGAGCCCCUGACUCUGCUCAGCCUGGGUAAUGUGUGCCUAGCCCAGGGGAAUGUGAGCGGCGCGGUGUCUGUGUUUCGACAGGCCCUGUCUCUGGGGACGCGCUGUCCGGGGUGUGAGAGCAGCCUCCGGCUCAUCCGCUGCCUGCAGUUCUACCCCUUCCUGUACAACCUGAGCAGCUCGCUGGCCUGCAAGCCAGAGGGCUCAUGUUACAGCCAAGAGGGGGCAGAAACACAGGGGUCGGAGCCCCAGAGAGAGGCAGGAGCAGACAGGAGGGAGAGUCUGGGGUCGGAGCCCCUCGGAGACACAGGAGCAGACAGGAGGGAAAGCCUGGGGUCAGAGCCCCUCAGAGACACAGGAGCAGACAGGAGAGAGAGCCUGGGGUCAGAGCCCCUCAGAGACACAGGAGCAGACAGGAGGGAGAGUCUGGGGUCUGAGCCCCUCAGAGACACAGGAGCAGACAGGAGGGACAGCCUGGGGUCGGAGCCCCUCGGAGACACAGGAGCAGACAGGAGGGACAGCCUGGGGUCGGACCACCUCGGAGACACAGGAGCAGACAGGAGGGAGAGCCAGGGGUCGGAGCCUCUCAGAGACACAGGAGCAGACAGGAGGGAGAGCCUGGCAUUAACUAAACCCCACCCUGGGACCGGAGGAGACCCCUUACAGUUCCAUUCGAUGAUGGUCCUGGAUAGUAACGGCUCUGGUGGGGCGCUGCAGCGUGGUGGGGAGGUCCAGCGGGUGGAGGAGAGCGAGGAGGAGGAGAAGGAAGAGGAGGAGUGGCAACUGAAGGAAGACCUGAUUGGAGCCUUCGAGGGGGCUCUGGAUGUGAAAGGGCGCCGUGUGGACCUGCAGGGGAUCAGGGUGCUGAAGACAGGAGGCGGCGGAGGGGCAGAAGCUGGGGGGAGAGCAGGGCCCUGCUUCGGGAACUGCGAGGAGGAUGAUGGAGCCGAGUGGAUCACAUUCCAGGUGAAGCGUAUGAGGAAGCCCAAAGCAGACCCUUCUGACCUGCAAGUGGGGAGCCGAGAGAGAGAGGCUGGCUUCCACUCUGCCCUGGAGAUCAGCGGACCCCAAAUCCCUUCCCCGGGUCCCCCAGGGAGACGCCGGGACUACCUGAGUCUAGGCUGGCCGAGCCCGGACGAAUGCCAGCGCCUCCGCAGAGUGGAGCCCACCACAGUGGCAAGCACCUGGCUGGCAGUGUCUGCAAAGAGCAUUGAUAUCACAGAGCACAUAGACUUUGCCACUCCCCUGCAAGAGCCUGCUGUGGAGCCAAUCUGCAACGCCAACCUACCAGCCACCAUGCACACCCUGGAUCAUCUAAAUGGAGUGGCCAACCGUGGAGGCAUCCACUACACAGGAGAGAGCCAGCUCCAAGAGGUGCUCCAGAAUCUGGGCAAAGACAAGUACUCUGCACAGUCCUUUGAGCAGGUGGGGACACGCAUCGCCAAGGUCCUAGAGAAGAACCAGACGUCGUGGGUGCUGUCCAGCAUGGCUGCUCUUUACUGGAGGGUGAAGGGUCAGGGGAAGAAGGCUGUGGACUGUCUGAGGCAGGCUCUGAACUAUGCUCCUCACCACAUGAAGGAUGUGCCUCUGAUCAGCCUUGCCAAUAUCUUCCACAAUGCCAAGCUGUGGGAUGAUGCCAUUACCGUGGCCAGCAUGGCGGUGGAGAUCGCGCCACACUUUGUGGUGAAUCACUUCACCCUCGCCAAUGUUUACAUCGCCAUGGAGGAGUUUGAGAAAGCCAUACAGUGGUAUGAAUCCACUCUGAAACUGCAGCCCGAGUUCGCCCCUGCCAAGGAUCGCUUGCGGUCUAUUCAGUGCCACCUGCUGACCAAGAAGGAGAAGCGCGUCCCGUAGGAGCAAUGCAGGUGUGAGGAGCCUCAGCAUCUCACCAUCCAACCAAGCCUGCUUUUAACUGAGCUGCACUUAAACAAUAGAGAGUUAAGACUGGGGGCUUUAAAAAAAAAUGUUCAUAUAAUCUGUUCAAUUUAAAUAUAUUAACACUACAAUUCUUUCAAUGGACAUCUUAAAUCAGAAUUGUGAAUGUAUUUACUGCAAUGGCUGUCUCUGUCCUCAUAUUGGGAAAUGUUUACUGGAUGUUUUCUGGGUAGGCUAUUACUAUAAUGCUAUAGGAUAUGAGAUUUGUAACCCAUUCACACAUUCUGAUUCAUCGAUCUGUAAAGAACUUCAAGAUUACAAUCCCUAGUUAAGACAGUGUAAUUGUAUUGGAUUUUAAAAGUUACCCAAGUUAAAGACAGUCGAGGGCAGGUGCCUGUAGAAAUUUUGAGGUCCGUCUCCCCACUCUCGCCUUUCUUCCGGUGUUUGUUCAUUGAUGAGAAUUUGUAGUCACAAGUUUGAUCAAGUCUUGAUCCAUUUCAAACAGAUUCAGAACAGCACCACUGUUUUAUUAUCUCAUUAUACUUUUUCUUUUUUCUGUAUAGGACCAGUUAAAUGAUUCAUGUGGCAUUGAAAGUGUUCUUUAGGCUCAAAGUGAAUGUAUGAGCCAAAAUAAGACCAUAAAUCUUCCCUGUUUUGCCCUUCCAUUACCACAUCAGUUCAGACCCAGCCUUUUUUACAUUCUUUCAAAUCUACGUAGCCAUUCUUCUCAUAAACCCUUAUAGACUGUUGUAAAGUAAUUGUAGCAUACAAAAACAUUUCAUAUAACUGAACUAUUUUGCACUUCCAUUUUGUGAUGUCUCCAGUCAUUGUAAGUGGUUCAGAGUUCUGUUGCAUCUACCUUAGCCAGAGACUAAAAACCUUCCCCUAUCCAUUCAGAUCAUGUGAUACUUUUCAACUCUGCCAGGCCCACCAGCUCUCUCUGCCUUUAUAUCUGUGGAGUAGGUGGGCUGGAAGAGUUGGAAGAUCACGUGAUUUGAGGGAAGCAGUUCAGUUCUAGCACCUAGGAUUUUCCAGACAAGCGCCAACCCAGAUUAGAGAGAAACAAUAGAAUCUGGGAUAUGUAAAAAAAAAAUAAAAAGUAAGUAAUUAAAAUGAGAGACUGCGCAGCAUAAAAUCGAACGCAGAAUUAAUUCAUUAGACAUGUUGGGACAAAUAUUUUGACCUUUUGGAAUGCUGGUUCAUAUUAUCUUGAAAACAAAAGUAUGUUUGUAUUUGUCAAAAUUGUAAUGUUUAUUGUAAUCCCAUAUGGAUAAAAUAAACACAAUCUAAAGUAUUCUUU